AUUGCAUCUUCGUUUGUGGUAUUGGUCGCUCGUUCGCAUUAGAGCGAAUUCGUCGCCUCAGGCAGCUGUGUAAUCGUGUUUACAACGCCAGCACAACCUGGAAUCCUCCAAGCGCCGUAGAAUGCAGCGAACUCUCCGGGACAUGCGAAACUGCUCACUGUAAGCUCGCGGUUCACGUGCGCUGCGCAGAAGAGGUAUUCUGUGAUCUACAGUGUGGCUAUGCUCGACAGUUCACUGUGAUCGGAGCCACCUAAACUGCCCGUCGAAGCUGCUGCCGGAUACCCAGUGCGAGCGUUUGAACUGUUGCAACGGUGUCGACAUUUAAGUUAUGCGUCUGCGUUGAAGAAAUAGCUGUGCAGUCUCGAAGCCCUUCAAAAUGAUAUCGAUUUUACCCUUCACACCCCCGGUUGUUAAGCGGUUGUUGGGCUGGAAGAAGGGCGAAGGAGAAGACAAAUGGAGCGAGAAAGCCGUCAAAAGUUUGGUGAAGAAGCUGAAGAAAUCGGGAGGAAUGGACGAACUCGAGAAGGCAAUUUCGACUCAAGAUGCCCACACAGCGUGCAUCACGAUUCCCAGUGGGGGGGUGGCCGUGGGCAGGUCGCUGGACGGUCGGCUGCAGGUGUCUCACCGCAAGGGGCUGCCGCACGUCAUCUACUGCCGCCUGUGGCGCUGGCCCGACCUGCAGAGCCACCACGAGCUGCGCGCCACCGACCACUGCCAGUAUGCCUUCCACCUCAAGAAGGACGAGGUCUGCGUCAACCCAUACCACUACCAGCGAGUAGAGACACCCGCAUUGCCACCUAUCCUUGUGCCGAGGCAGACGGGCGACUUACCCACAGAGCUGCCCAGCUUGGAUGAUUAUGCCAACUCAGUGCCUGACAACACUGAUUUUCCGUCGAGCCUAGACGUGCAGGCUUUUCCUCUCACAGAAACACCUCCGCCGGGUUACAUGAGCGAAGACGGAGAAACCACUGAUCAAAAUGGCGCUGACAGCAUGGAUACGGUACUCCUCUCUUCACCCAGCCCUUCACCAGAAGUGCAGCCGGUGACGUACACGGAGCCGGCUUUCUGGUGCUCCAUCUCGUACUACGAGCUCAACACACGGGUUGGGGAGACGUUCCACGCUUCACAGCCCUCCCUCACCGUUGACGGCUUCACGGACCCCUCGAGCUCGGAGCGGUUCUGCCUCGGUCUCCUGUCCAACGUCAACCGCAACUCGGUCGUUGAACAGACCCGCAAACAUAUUGGGCGUGGCGUACGCUUGUACUACAUUGGCGGUGAAGUGUUUGCAGAGUGCCUGAGUGACAGCAGCAUCUUUGUGCAAAGCCCCAACUGCAACCAGCGGUACGGAUGGCACCCUGCUACGGUGUGCAAGAUACCUCCAGGCUGCAACCUGAAGAUCUUCAACAACCAGGAGUUUGCAGCCCUGCUGACGACAUCAGUGUCUCGGGGCUUCGAGGCGGUGUACCAGCUCACACGCAUGUGUACCAUCCGCAUGAGCUUUGUGAAGGGCUGGGGUGCCGAGUACCGGCGCCAGACGGUCACCUCCACCCCAUGCUGGGUCGAGCUGCACCUCAACGGCCCCCUGCAGUGGCUCGACCGAGUGCUCACCCAGAUGGGGUCGCCCCGGGUGCCCUGCAGCUCGAUGUCGUGAACUCCUCCUGCCGCCUCCUCCCGACGUAGCAGUUAGCGGUGCGUCCUGUCCCAGGCGUGUGUGUGUGUGUGUGUGCGUGCGUGGUUUUGCAGUUUCUAUUUUUUUUUUCCACUCUCGUGUGUGCCUGUUGUAUUAGACGGGGGUGAGAGGCGGCUUUUGUAAACGCAGCAUUUGUCGCUUUUCUGCUCACCAUUUGGGGGGGGGGGGGGGUGUUUGUUUCGCCGGCUAGUGAUUGCUGUAGGGGCUGCGUGAAUGGGAAAACGUACCUCACAUAAGUCUCUGGCAUCGGGGCAAGCUGUACCACUGUUUCGGCUGUUCUGAAAGUGCUAGAGGCAGGAAACUCUUAAGCCCAGACCACACGUCUGCUUGCCGACGUGCUCAAGCUCUCGCCUCACGAGGAAUGGCGGUUGGCAUCUACAAGAGGCAUGUGCCCAUUUCAAUCAUAGCCAGUCAUAGCCAAUCAUCUUCUCGUACUUUGUUAGACAGUGCUUCAAAAUGAUGAAAUAUUGAUAAGUGCAGUUGUUUUAUUUUUGGAGCUGUUAGGUCAGCACAAAAAGUAAAGAAAAAGCACAUUCUUGCAUGACAGAAAUCUGCCUCACGAAGUGUGGAUUGCACCGCGCCGUAGUCGGGCAGCCAGAGCCCAAUAUCUGUCUGGAACAGAUAUCCUUGCUUGUGCCGAACAUGGACGCAUACAAUUGGUCCUACACCACACCGGAGCGAGCUUUUGCACACUGGCAAGCAUACUUGUUGUUUGGCCAUUAGACCUCGUUUCCACCCACACUCUUCUUCCAUGAUAGGGAGAGGAGGUGGUGAUUGCAAGCACUGCAUUACCACUGGUACAUUUGCUCUGUUGCUUCUCGAAGGAGCAUUAUUGUUUUUCUGGUUAGUAAGUGUGGGGCUACUUAACUUGAGAACUGGAUUUGUGCAAAGAUGUAAUUUUGAGUUUUUCAUGUGCUUUCAUGUCUUGCUGUUCAAUGAACUGUGCCCUUAUUCUGGCCGCUUUGUGAACAGGCCAGAUCCGGUUGCAGCAAAAGGCUGAAGGACAACAUUGUAGAAAUGGAAACUUGCACUUUUUGUUCUUGUUCAUGUAUUAUUAUUCUUUUUUUUUUUUUGUAACUAUAGGCAUGAAGGCUUUCUUGUCAAAGACAGAAGUGUACAGUGCUUCUCAAAAUGUUAAUGAGUACAGUUCAGCUUUAAGGAAAGUUGUUGCAGCUUCUCCACAUCACUGACUCAAUGUCGUCCUCUUGCAGCUGAGACAAAUACACAAACUUCUGGGUAGCACGCGGUUAUGUUAAAUCAUGUCGUGGUUCUUAAAAUGGUCAAAUGGAGGUUUUGAUAUGUUCUUGCGAAUGUAUGGUUCAAUGCUCACAUCAUUGCUCGUUUCCACUUGCACAUGUUGUAAUUGUUGAGAUGCCUUUUGCUCUUUAUGAUUACGUGUGUCCUUUUGGGCGAAGAAUAUGGAAGCAGCAUUUGAUUCCUUGUUUUGUGCCACACAGUCUUGUACCCGCAACCGCCAUUUCCUUCUCAUCUGUCUAACCGGUUAAUUCUAGAAUGUCGGAACACUUGCCUGUGGUUAUAUUGUUGAUAUUGUUGGAUCUUUUUCUUUUUUCUUCUUUCUUACCUUGCUUGUGGUUAUGUCACAAUGCUUGCAUCCGGUGCAAUUUUUGACUUGUGUAUCUGACCAGCCCAGAGAGAAGCCACAGCAAGGGAUGAACUUUCGAUCGUUUACUCGCAUACUGUGGAAGAGUUGUCAGCUUUAAAAGCCGCCCAUACCCCUCACGUACAACUGCACCUUUCUUUUUGUAUGUAUACAAGUGUGUGAAAAUUCUGCCGCGAGAAAUUUCGUUGACGGGAGUUCUGAAGAGCCCUCUUUUGUUUUUCUGAUCAAAAUUGCGAGGGAGUUGAAGACUACUGCGACUACUGCUGUUCAGUUACCAUUCAGCUUCAGGCAUUCAGGCUGGCGCUUAUAUGUGUAACCCCCUGCGAGCACGUUUAAGCGAACUGGGGUUCUGAGCCGCGUGUGCUUGAAUGUUUUUCUGCACUGUGAGCCAGGAUUGAAGUUCCAAUGUGUUAGGAAACAAAUCUACUGUGUGUAUACAUGUUCUUCUUUUUUAAAAGUUCUAGCUAUCAUUUGCGAGGUCAUGGAGUCAAGGUUGUUCCUGGGUGUAUUGUUUCUGGGACAUCGAGAGCUGUGACAGAGAGACCUGUGUCCAGUUCGAAAUUGAUUCUGCGCAGCCCAUUCGUGUUAGUGUGCAUCAAAUGUGCAGUGUACUUCUGGCCUUCGACCUGUUCAUGGUUAGCUUCUUAACUGCUGAAGGACUGCUUAUGGUGCAAGCUCAAAGUUGUAUUGAGCACAAUCUUGCAGGAAGCGCAUGGUUUGUCCUGUAGCUCAUAAAUGUCAUUUUUGGCACAACCACUCCUUAAAAGGGAAGUCUUUGUGGUAAGCAAUGCCAUUCCUUUGUAAUAACACAAGUUUUUGUUUACAGCAUACUGGGUCGCACACAGAAAGGCUGAGGGGGAACACUACACUCAUUUUGAUGAAACAGGGUAUCUACUAUAGCUCCUCCUUUUCCCUCCCAUCACUGUGUACAUUCACUGAUAGCUGUAGAUGAGAACAUAACCCUUUUUCUGUAGAGGUGUUGCUAACAUGCUGCACUUGCAUCACUUCAUUCUCUUGUGGUUUUUGUGAGCGCUGCUUUUGCUUGGAGGGCAUUGACUGCUGAGAACUUGAGAUGUUCCUGGAAUUGAGGAUUAUGGUUGGGCAAUAUGCCAUACUAUUCUGAAACAUGGGCGAAAGCUCCACAGUGAGAGAAUUCAGAGCUGUCAUGACAGGCGAGGCAAGAGAGAGUUUUAGCUUGUCCGGUAUUACGGUAAAUGCAGGUGGACUGGGCCUUUUACGGGAUGGGUGGAGACCUAAACGUGAGUAGCUGGAGCGGUACGGCCACCUGGUGGCACAGAGCUCAACUCUGAAUUUUUGCUGCGGUGUAAUUUGUCACGAUUCACUGCUGCUGAAAGUUUACACCAGCAGCAAAGUAGAAUACACUUGGUUGAUGCAAUAUUAGCUCUAUGUUAGUCUGGUUCAGCUCUGCACCACGGGGUGACACCACCCGUCAACUCGCUCACGUUUACGCCUCCUGCCCAUUCGGUAAAAUGCCCUAUCCGCCCGCGUUUACCGGAAUACCGGACAAGCUAAAACUCUCUAAUGAAAGCAUCUUUCAAGUAGUAGUGUCAUUCAGUAUUUUCGGUGGGCUCGUUGCUUAGCAUCCCAGAAGCCUGCUUGCUACCUUCUUGAAACCUGCUUUUGUAGCAUUGUGAGCGCAUGUGGCUAGUUCUUUCUCCACUGGUGCCGUAGUCUUGGGGCUUCGUUUGAUUCCUUGCCGAUCAUCACUGACUCGCAGAUUGUUAUGCAGCUUUUAGCAAGUGUACCAUGUAUUUUUCUUCCCUUCUAUUUCCUGGCUUUUUUUAUGUGCUUCUAUACUGUGCCAUACUUUACAGGUCAAGCUUACAAACACUGCUGUCUGUACUUGUCUUUUUUUUUUUGUCUUCCCUAUGGUGUCCUAGCUUUGACAUGCUACGCUAAGUAACCUUGUGUCCAGUGCUAUAUUUUGUAACAAUUCUUCUCCCGACCCGUUCUUUUCACAUUUUUUUUUGUUCCUGGCAGUCACAUUCACCUUCACACUCCAUUUAUGCCACGAUUAGCCACUCUGUGUGAUCGCCACAGGCAUGCCCCAUGCUUUAACAAGUCAUGCUUGUUUGGAUGUGACACUAGGCAUGACAGAGAGGAAAAGCAACGAGCUGAAGGAAAUCAUCCUUACAGAAUAUGGCCCUAGGAUUCCUUCUUCAAGUCAUUUACGAGUGCCCUUGUCUUUGUUUGCGAGUUGCAUGGGGCUAUAACCCAUGUGCAGUAGAGUGGUGGCUCAUGUUCUUCUUGCUUAGAAUGUAGGAGGCAAGAGGUGUAGGUCAUUUUAGGUCGACUUGUUUUUAAUAAUUAUCUAAGGGCGAGGUUGUCGUGUGUGGUGCACACAUCAGCUUUGGGGGUCACAGCUUAUGCCAGCUGUCUGUUAACGGGACACCACCAAGAAUUUUGGUUUGGCAGUUGUGUGCACAUUUUUUUGUGUAGCUGCGUGUCUCAGAUGUGCAAUUCCAUUGCAUUGGUUGGAAGGGCGACUAUGGUCCUCCCUAAGGUUCCCUGCAGGGCAUCAGACAAUUUAUUCUGGUAAUGACUUUUUACGCUGACAGGUGAACAUUGCGUUUCCUUUGUGAAUUUCACCUGAAGGAAGCAUCACUAUGAGAUGUGCUAGUUUAACAUAACGUAGUGUUUGAACUUUGUGUUGUAUGCAGCAUUUAAAAGGGUUGUUAAAGUUAAAUAAAAGACCCUCACCAAGCUAACUGCUGCAGUUAAUUUUUUAUUUUCUUGUUGUCACUCGACAGUGGUAGACAGAUAGGCAUACCAAGCACCUGGAAAGAAUGUUCGUCUAGUGAUUCAACUACAUUCAUCUGCAAAUUAACAGAAAAUCUAUGCAGAAAAAACUCCAAAACACACAGCUGAUUCAUUUAGCAGCAUUUGCCCGAUUCUAACAUGCCCCAAAUCAAAUGCACACCCACUUCCUUUGUGUUGAAAGUAAAAAAAAUGUAGAAAUGACAUUAAAGGUUCUAAACUAAGUAGAAAUCUAAUGCGCACCCAAUUUUUUAGCAAGAAAGAUGGGCAAGGGUCUAGUGGCAAAUGGCAACUGGUUUCCUAAAGUCAGCUUCACCGCACCAUUUUCUAAAGUCAGCUUCGCCGCAAUAAAUGCGCGUUAUGCGGUAGAGCAUACAAACUGCCUGAAGGGGGUUUUGGUUUCGUGUCAGAUUGCAUCGUGCAGGCAAUUUUCUGUCCAAUUGUCUUGAAAGCAAAAAAAAAAAAGGCCAUGCAUUAGAAAUGGGUAAAUAGUACCAUAAUCAGACAUUGUGAGAUAUGGUUAUUGCUUGAAAAUGUUCUUUAAGGCAGGCCCUAAAUAGGCAUUUUCAACGCAGAUGGACGUGUGCUCAACACAUUCACUAUCACCUAAGCUCUGCUGAGACCGAUGCUACCGCCAAAGGAAUCGCGGUAGGGUUAACCAUAGGGGUCAGGUGCGUGCGUGCUGACUGGUCAAGUUGGAAUUAUCUGGCGAAGGCCAAUUUUAUGAUAAAAUAAAUGGAAGCUUGGGCCCAUAGAAAUGCAUGGGCCUUCUGAUACCUUCGGUUGUGAUCAAAUUGACCGGAGUCAAAUAAACGGAAGUGUACUUACAAUCGACCCUUGUCAUCUCUUGAAUGAUGAAAAAUUAAUAGAAUCGAUAAAAGAGAAUGAACUAAUAUGGUGAGUUAGUGUAAGAUAAGCCACAUUUACCAGGCUAGUCGCUGUUAAUUUUUAAUUUCAUUUCUUGCUAUCACUUAGUGUGUAAUUAGACAAAACAAGGCAUACCAUGCACCCAAAGGAAAAUGUUUGUGCAAUGAUUCAACCAUGAUUCAUUUAUGUUCAGUGAUUGAAGUACGUUAUCUACAAUUUAACAACUCUGGCGACAGUGUAUACUAAACGAUCUGUCAUGCCUCGGAUGAUUAAUGUAUAGAAUUGAUGGAAAAGAAUUUUACAUAAUACGGACUGUCCAGUGUGCUUUUGACACCGUCUGGAGGAAACACUUUCUUGUAACCUGCUUUCUUUUUUUAAUACUACUUGUACUCUUUUCAUUGCUUUGGUACAGCAGUUGGUGGGAAGCACCUUUUGGAACUUAGUCAUUUUCAAAGCGUCGUGUUUGGUAUAGCUUCGGCUCUGUACUGAGCUUGGGGACUCUGUGUUGGGCACUCGGAAAAAGAAGCAGUGCUGUGAUCAUUUGCUUUUGGCAUACUUUCAUUUUUUAAAGUGCCGUGAGAAUUUGUUGCCUUGUGCCAUUGUUUUCGUGUUCUCCGCCGUUGAGUUUGCUUCCGGGCAGGCACAGUCACUGCACUGCAGGCAUGAGCUCUUACUGUCGUUGUCGCAAAGCUUCCUUGCUCUUUUUAGUAUUUCUCCUGCAGCAGGUAGGUUCAUUGCCAGCCUUAUCAACUAAGUCGCAUUUAUAGUUGGUAGUGUGACUGUUCAUCAUAGUAAUGCUGUUUAUGUGGUCACUCUGCAGCAAGUUGCUUCCUGUUAAUAUGGUUCAGAUAGCUUUUCUCUCUAGCUUUUUUUGUUCAUGUUAAAAUUACUGACUUACUGCCUGAAAGAAGCAAUGUAAUUGUGCCUCCGAGUGCUCUUCUCUCUUUGUAGUCCUUGGCUGGCAACGUUAGGUUUUAUUAUGAAGGUUAACAUAAGGUUGUCCACUAACAAAGCAUGUACCAACUCUGAGAGCGGUUUGUUCACAUUAGUUCACCUGAACUCUGCUUUUAUCAUGAAAACCUUCAUAAAGGUGCAAGUUUUAAUGUUUGAAGUUAACAUGUGUGCCAUUACCCUAAAUGGUAGUCGCAGCUGUGGUAAUGCUGAUUUUGGGAUUAGGUUUGCUUAGGUUAGAGGUAAUGUUGAUUAGAGCAAAAUUUACAGGAGCAGCCUACAGAUGUCUGUGGCACCAGGUGGCGGGUUGUAUGUAUUAUAUCUUUAUGAAUGCCUGGCACUUCAGCUACCUAAAAGUUGCUCCUGUCAAUUUUACUCUUAUAGGUGGUUUCCAAGUUUUACCCGUCAACAGUGGCUCCUUCGGAGUAAGACACUGAUUGCAAAGGCCUUGUUUUUUGUGCACUGCGGGCACUGAGAAAAAUAGCAGUAGCUGGAAACGGCAUCAUGGCUGCCAUGUUUUGGAUAUCACCUAUGGAUGUUACCUCUAGUCCUUAUGGAAUGUGACCAGAGCAUCAACACUAGCACGGUUGUUACUGUGCACAUUAAGUUCUAGAAAUUAGACAGUUUUAGGUCCGCAUGAAUAGUUCACUCUGCUCGAAUACAUGUUUGAAUGCUGGCUGCAAGCAGUAGCCGGAAGGAAACCUUGCAGUUUUGCAUAUACAGUGCCUAUGUUGGCAGUGGAAUAUCAAAGGGAAAAUAUGUGAUCCACACAACUAUAGCACGAAGCUACAAAGGAAACCCAUAUGGGUUUUUCGGAAAGGACGUUCACCUUAUCCUGCUUCUUGCGUUGCAGCUAUGUUAACUGUGCACCACUUGUACCGUCAUGGCAAGCACAAUAGUUUUGGAAGGUCUGCGCAACAUUUAACACCUACACAUUAUAGAUGGCAAAGAGUGACCAGUAUUGCUUAGGUUGUUUUGUCUCGGUGGUCUUGCAACUGCUUAGAGCAGCUGUACAGCAAAAUGCAGCUAGGACAGCUUGUUGGCAUUGCUGCAAUUGCUGUGCUCUACAGUUUGCUGUAUAAUGUGAAAUCAGUGCAGUUCUUUUUAGUGCCCGAGCAUGCCAAUUUGAGCAGAGUGAACUGGACGAGACACUGAGCUGAAAGUCUACUACUAGAAGAAGAUAAAAAAAGAAAGAAUCCAUGACUUCAGAGCAUUGAUAGUUUGUUUUGGUUACUUGUCCAUACUGCUGGCAUGCAUUCUUGCAGGCAGAUGACACCACGUCUGUUCUCAUCAUGCCGCUUCUGCUGCUUGUACACAGCCUCUGUUUUACGCUAUUGCACUUCUGCGGGUUUGUGUGUAUGCUGGCUUCUUCCAGCCUGAGAACUUUGGAACUGGUUUAGGCUGGUAGCUAGAUGAAUUUACUCGGGCGAUUGCAGCACAGUGGGACAGAGUCCAGACACGCUGUGCUGAAAUAGUUAAUCUAGUGUGCACCAAGUGCAUGCAUCCCUAGUCAAUUUCUGAUAUUUGGGUGCAGGCUCGUCCGUUUCCAAUAUGCGCCACCUGCUUGAUUACUUCGAUAUCAAAUCUUUACUCUGUGGACAGUUUGCUGUUCUGAAAUCAAAAGAAUUUAAAAAAAAGCUCCUUUUCCUUCUACGUGGAGCUUUAGUUUGUCAUGAGUCUGUAUUGGAGAUGACCAGUUUGGUGGGAGAUCUGUUUUUUCUUUUUCCUUUGUGCUGCAACUGUGUGUGCAAUACUUGAGGGCCACUUUACCGUUUCUCUGUUUGCCCUUAAAUACCUUAUAGCUGAUUAUUUUGUGUUGCUGCAUCUCCACGUGUACUGCUUUCUUGCUUUUGUUGAAACUUAAUAUUGCGGAUAACAGUCGCUUGGGUUAGUGAGUGGCCACCAAGGCAAAUUGCUUGUGUACUAUCUGCCAAUGGCAUUGUCACUUGAAACCUGGUGUAGCAGACUUGUCACGGUGUGCCAUGAACUCGUGUGCAGUGCCGACUAGUGUCUUCUUUGGAGGCUGACGUUCAAAUGUGGCGUAACUUUUUUGAAAUGGCUAUAUAACAGACUGCUGAGAUCAGCAAAGAAGCAGAUACUGUUAUCCGUGCAUCUUUUUUCCAUGGCAGUAAGGAUUCAGACUUAAGUUUUCCUCCAUGGUUGGUAGCUCUGGCGUUCUUGUGCAGAGCACAAGGGUGUGGGUUCGAUACCCCUCUGGUAUGCCAACAUUUCAAUAGGGGUUGAAUGCUGAAACAGCCAGUUCCAAACAUGGGUGCACAUUAGAGAGCAUCAGGCAAUCGGAAUUUAUGCAGAGCUCUCCAAUAUUGUUUUGUUAUAGUCAAGGGUGUGAUGGAGAACCAUCUGGACAGGUAAAUUAAUACAGUGGAAUCUCGUUAAUUCGAACUGCUAGUUUAACGGCAGAAAACUAAAAUUUAGUGAGUGGGCUAAUCUGCGCCGGGCUGACUGUACCGGCGGUGCCGGCACGGCGGCGGGCGCGCACGGGGACAGUCGAAGGUGAGGGAGCUGAGAGAGGGGGCGAGGGGAGCCACCGAAGCCACUGCCACCGAAGUGGCGAAGUUGCCUAGGCCAAAUCUGCUUCCCUGCCGCCCUCCUCCCUCACCUUCAACGUAAUUCUGGCACCGUCCGCUCCCAGAAGUUUUGUUUUCUGCCGUUAUCGGAAACCGAGCGUUGGCUGGCAAGGGCGGUUCCGCUCGCAUACGCUUGCGCGCCGCGAUAUUUCACGACUCGCACUGUUUGUGCAUCGUGCUAUGGUGCUCGAAUACUUCAAAAAUACGUCCUUCAUUUAAUUCAAACAAAUUUUCGGUCCCCUUCGAGUUCGAAUUAUCGAGAUUCGACUGUAGUACAGCAGUUAUAAGUUGUCACUGACGAGGACGACAACAAAUUUUGACAUUACACUGCCCAUACGUGAACCUUUUCACAAAUCGGGAAAAGAAAAAUGGUCACUGCUAAAACAGCUUAAGUACUCUGGAAUAUGUGAUGAAGUGACGUCGCGUAGAUAGGUGAAAAUUGCCAUCCAUCUUUUACCUCUAUGCGAAGUCGCUUGAUUACGUAUUCAAUUAGAUAACAAGCUUCACCCAAUCUUGGUAAAGUCACUCAGUCACACAUUCAAGAGUACUCAAGCCAUUUCAGUGAUAACCAUUCUUUCUUUUCUACUUUGUGAACAAGAUGUAAAGUUCCAAGGACCUUGUUGUCCGGUAGACCAGGCUUUAAGUACGGUGAAGGACAAUACAGCUGAAGAGCCGAGAGCAGUGCGUCUUACACUGCCACUUACUCUAGCAAGGAGAUCAACUUCCGUGCCAUCUGAGCACGAGAUCACGGGAUCGAAUCUCGGCCGCGGCGGUCGCAUUUCAAUGGAGGCGAAAUGCAAAAACGCCCGUGUGCUUGCUGUUGUAGUGCACGUUUAAAAACCCCAGGUGGUCAAAAUUAAUCCAGAGCCCUCCAUUACGGCGUGCCUCAUAAUCGGAACUGGUUUUGGCACGUAAAACCCCAGAAAGAACUUCCGUGCCAUGCGCCCCUUUGAUUGCCACACUUCGUUUUCCUUUCUCCUUGCGCGAGCUAUUUCUUUGCUCUGAACACAAGGUUUCCAUACGUGCACUGAAACGUCAAAUUCAUCUAUUUAGUGACAAGAUUUAUAACUACUAUCUGAAUAUUUUUGUGUGUGCCAUCUAUGGUAUACACUACCUAGUGUAACAAUGUCAGGAAAAGUGUUGUACUUCGUUCUCUUCAUUUGUGGUUAGUUACGGGCUGCCACAGUGUACACAAAAACAUGGCGCAGUCUUGUGCUCAUUGUGCACUGUGUUUUUGUGUGCAUUAGUCAUUAAGUGCAAGUCACCUGAAUGCACUAGCUGCCACAGUUUUGAAGGUGUCAGCUAGGUGGGGAGUACUCUCUUGCUACCCUUGAAACCAGCCAAACCAUUGGUAGAUUGUGCAGCAAGCGUGCCUAGGUUGCCAUUAGCGUGUACUGGAUGCCUCCCAGAAGUCGUAAUACUUCCCACAUUAUUGACGGUAGUGUUCCACAUUCGUUUUAGCAUUGCUUGGAAAGAAGUGAAAAUCAGCCCGCAAACAUUGUUGGUUGCCUGCUGGCCCGGGCUUGUGUCCAUGUCGGACGCGAUGUGAAUUGCUUGCCGUUAAGUCUCUUCGCUGAGCAGUUGCAAGUUGCCAUUGCUGUGCUUGGCUCUGCACCCUUUAAGUGGUUUUCUUUUUUUAGUUAUUAUUUUACUUCUUCCCAUAUCUUCCGAGUGUGCUUCCAGUUUAUAUUUUUUUUCUUCACAGCCAAGAGUCACGGGGUCCAUAUUUGGUGGGAGGUUUUUUCGGGGGACAUGUUCUGCUAACAGGAACAAAACCGUUGAUUUGAGCUUGCAUAGACAAUUUUACCUCUGGGUGUUGUUCAGUCUUUAGUAGUGUGUGCUUGCUUGUCUUUUAUACAGUGUGCUUUUUUUUUCUUGAGUAGUGCGUGCGUGUGUGUGCAUGCGUUACACCUAGGUGUUGAACACUGUUUUUCUGGCAGUUCCAGUGAUGCCUGUCUGUGGUUUGUUGUCCCCUUCCGGCUUCCCUUACUCCCCUCCCCCCUCGUCUUUUUUUUUUUCCCACCAUUUUGUAUGCUUUCUACAUAGCAGCUGACCAUGUCACACGAUGCCACUUGUGAUAUUUCGCAUUGGAGUAGGCUAGUGUUGCUGUGGGAAGCAGUUGUAGGUGUUGUCUAGUUCACUACCUUGCCAAGUAUGAAGUUUUCUCGUGUUGGCAAGGUGCGUCGAGGUGUUGUCACGUUGUACAGCGACUCUGUCAUGGGGCCCACUGAGAGAGAGAAAGAGAGUGAGAGAAAAAGGAAGGCAGUGCUCGAACCGAUUUUCGUGCUUAAGGUGAUUAAACUGCUGACUAACUUGUGUUGUUGGUCUUGGAAGGGCUGCACUACACUAAGUCGACUCUGGUGCGUCUCGCAUACAGCUCCCAGAAUUUGUGUGAUGAAAAUCGAGUGGCUGUUUGUACACCAGUCUUGUGUAUGAGGGCGUUCCACAGCGAAUUUCCUCUUCCUCCUUUUCUUUUUUACCUGCUGGUGCGAGACUACGCAGUUGAAUCUUGUUGCAGCAAAUGACAAUGCAAGUCGACAAAUUUGUGCAUAGAGAAGGUGUCUGGUUGCAAACUUUUUGUAAUGCAACAAUUCAUUAUUUCCAAAUGAACAUUGUUGGGAACCAUGCACUGUAACUGUUCACUCAGAGUUGUAGGAAAGUGUGAUUUGUCACCCUAGUGCAAAGUGCAGCCUGUAAGUGGCGCUUGCACUUUUGGUACUGAAGUCCGAAUCUAAGCUAGAAGGUUAGGCAUCAUAUUCACAGGACAUACUCACUCCGCUUUAGCUUCAUCAUGGGACUUUCCUUGAAUGAACAAACCAAACGUUGGAUUUACGUUAUCAUAAUCAGUGUUUUGUUAUAUCAGUGAUUGCUAUAGCAAGGUUCAACUGCUGCUUGCCCACACCUGAUUGAUAGAGAAGAGUAGCAAGCUGCAUGUUUUGCUCUUUUUACCCGGUUGAAUCUUUUAGUGACUUGAUUAGGGCUGCCAAGCUCCUACCCCCCACCUUGUGUUCAGCCUUAUCUAGAGUUUUGGACUAAAAGGACUUCAAUAUUGUUAAGGAAUCAGUGUCUGUCAGUAAAGUACCAUACUUGUGUGUAAGACAUGCACUCCCCCUCCUCAAAAAUUUGAUGGCAUACUGGCCUUGCAUGAUGAGCCUGAAUUUUGGCUACGUUCCAACUCUGUGUUCUUGGUUGCAGCUGCUAUGCUGCAUGUGCAGCCACUGAAUAUCCCAAAAGAAUUUGCUUGUAGGAUAGUUUUGCACAUAGUUCUUGAAAACUGAGACACUGUUGGCAGAUGUUCUCGAUUGCUGUCACUGAACUUAGCCUGUACUGUGGUGCAGAUGUUUGAUUUGAGUGCUGUUUAGUGUAUCCCCCCCAAUAUUGUUUAGCUCCUUAGUGGGAAGUGGUGCAAGCUUUACAUAAGGGCAGAAUUUUCUCGGGUAAAUAAAGUGCUAAGAUCCAUACUUUUCAUUGUUAGGACAAAAUGUUUAUAUGGUGACAUUAUGCCAACUGAUUUUUGUUGCUGUCUUUACUCUAUCCUGAAAUGCUGGCAUAAAAACGAAUGUUAAAUUUUUAGUACUUCAAGUUGCUUAAAGUCACGUCUUCAAAGCCACUGCCACACAUCCAUAUUUAAUCAUUUGACAAAACGAUGUUGCAACCAUUAACCGUAAACAAGUUAAAAUGCCUUCAGUCAUAGUGCAAAUACACUGUUUAUACAGGUGGCCGAGGGCAACUGAUUGCUAGAUUUGCUAGCUUAGAGACCUUACAGUUUAUGCCUUUAGAUUUGAUUCGUGCAGCUAAAAGGUAUGCGUACUUGUCCACUUCCUGGACAAGGCUACUUUUAAAAAGAAAUGUGUGCAUCUGUAGCAGUACAUUCUGUAGCAGUGCUGAAAGUACACAUUUUAUGAUUGAAUUGUGGUUAUCACACUAAAUAGCAAAUGGCAUUGGGGCAGAUGACAUUUUACCCUUGUGGUGCCACACAAAUAGCAACGAAGCUUUGGGCAUUGAGCAUUUAAUGUAGUCUUUUGUACCUGUGUGGCAGAUAAAGUUUCCUUGGCGGCUUGUACGUACGGCAAGCCUCGAAAUUAUUCUACCAGGAAUAUUUGGACAUUGUAGUUGUAAGGUAAAGGAGUGCUAUAGCUGACUGCCAUCUAAUUGUCACAGUGGGUGGGCUUAAUGUGUUGCGGCCCUAACAUAGAUUGGCCUGUGCUGUGCGUGUGUGUGUGCUGUGUGUCCGAUUCGUUCUUCCUGCGGCCUGUCGCAUCAGUCGGUGUUGCAGCUCAAAACAACAUUGGUCAACUUGGCUUUUGCAAUACUGUAUCCAUCUUUUCAGGUGUACAUAUUACAUGGCUGUCUUUUGUGUAAUGACAUUUUGGAUAGCAACUCUUUUUCUCUGCUGUGACAUAAUAAAACUGCUCGACAAUGAA